AUGAACCCAGAGAACUGGAAUCUGGAGGUGGGGGAUGAGGAAUCACCCAUGCUCCCAUCCCUUCAGCAGAUUAACUUACCUGAAAGACCAGAAAGCCCCUUGUUCUACCGCAGUCCAAGUACAGGAUCAUUUGAUGCUGAUGAAUGUCUGAACAGACAAUAUCAACCAGUGAGUGGGUUUGGUGGCAGAAGGAAUUUUGGAAACAGAGGAAGUAAUACUACAGAAGAGCAUUUUAUUUUCAUUUUUCUUCAUAUUGUUUAUGAACUUACGUGCUUGUGUUUUCAAGGUCCAAGGGUGACUUAUGUGCCCCCUCCUCCACCAGAUGAUGAAGCAGCCAUCUUUGCACAUUAUCAGACAGGAAUUAAUUUUGACAAGUAUGAUGAAAAUGUUGUGGAAGUGUCAGGACAUGACCCUCCAGCACCACUGCUGAAUUUAGAAGCAGCUAACUUCUGUGAGACUUUAAAAGUGAACGUUGUUAAAGCUGGAUACUCUAAACUUACUCCAGUGCAGAAGUACAGCAUUCCUAUUGUUCUGGCAGAACGGGACUUAAUGGCUUGUGCUCAGACGGGAUCAGGAAAAACUAUGGCUUUUCUUCUACCAAUUGUGACUCAGAUGAUGAGAGAUGGGGUGACUGCCUGUACCUUUAAAGAGCAGCAAGAACCGGAAUGUAUUAUUGUUGCCCCAACUAGGGAACUGAUAAAUCAGAUCUUCUUAGAAGCAAGAAAAUUGGUUUAUGGUACUUGUAUAAGGCCUGUUGUGAUCUAUGGAGGUACACAAACAGGCCAUUCAAUUCGUCUGUUAAAACAAGGCUGUAAUAUACUAUGUGCCACUCCAGGAAGGCUUCUAGACAUCACUGAAAGACAGAAGAUUGGUUUUCAUCAUGUGAAAUACUUGGUGCUAGAUGAAGCAGACCGCAUGCUUGAUAUGGGCUUUGGGUUAGAUAUGAAGAGGUUGAUUUCUUACCCAAGCAUGCCAUCAAAAGAUAAACGUCAAACGCUAAUGUUUAGUGCCACUUUUCCUGAAGCAGUUCGGAGGCUUGCUAGUGAAUUUUUGAAAACUGAUUAUUUAUUUGUUGUUGUUGGACACAUGGGUGGAGCUUGCAGUGAUGUUCAGCAAAACAUUCUUCAAGUUCCUUCUUAUGCCAAGAGGGAUAAACUGAUAGAAAUUCUACAAAGCAUAGGUUAUGAACGAACCUUGGUGUUUGUGGACAAAAAGAAAAAAGCAGACUACAUUGCAGCCUUUCUUUGUCAAGAAAACAUACCAGCCACUAGCAUCCAUGGAGAUAGAGAACAGAGAGAAAGAGAACUCGUUCUUCACGAUUUUCGUUAUGGAAAAUGUCCAGUUCUUGUGGCAACUUCAGUGGCAGCAAGGGGUCUGGAUAUUGAGAAUGUUCAACAUGUUAUUAAUUUUGAUCUUCCUUCCAACAUUGAGGAGUAUAUUCACCGAAUUGGACGAACUGGCCGUUGUGGAAAUACAGGCAGAGCAGUUUGCUUCUUUGAUAACAAUUCAGAUGGCCAUCUUGCACAAUCUCUUGUUAAAGUGCUUUCAGAUGCCCAGCAGGAAGUUCCUGUUUGGUUGGAAGAAAUUGCUUUUGGUUUUAAAGAAGAAAGAGACUUUACACCAUUUAAUACCCGAAGGAAUUACAAAGGCAGAGGCAGCACGAACACAGGAGGAAUGAAGAUGCUGUAUGCUGCAAGUGCACCGGAGUCAUGGAAUUAAAACUGCUUUAGUACCAAACUAGUUUGUAUUCUGCUGGGUCUUAAGUGAACUGUUGCACUUAAUGUUCCUUGCUGUUGAGUUCAUAAAAUGUUUAAUGUUUAAAAGAAUAGAUCAUAUUGUUUGCCACAAGUUAUCAGCAACUUGUGUGUACUCUUACGAUGAACCCUGAUGAUUGCAACUUAAUGUAGAAAGUCAAAAGCAA